AUGCUCGGUACAACUAACAGCCCAGCUGACAACCACACGGGCCAUGCUGAUCAUCAUCAUCACGAUGGCGACAACGACCACGGAUUUAUCGCCGUCUUCUUUCUCCUGGCCGCACUCUUCAUCUGCUGCGGCAACGCGGCCACUCUGGUAGCCAUACUGCGCAAUCACAAACUGAGGACCAUACCCAACAUCUAUAUCGGCUCGCUGGCCGUGGCAGACUUCAUGGUUGGAGUGAUGCUUCUCGUCCAGGGAAUUUCAGAACUGCAGAUCGUUCAGAAGAUUCUAGAUCACCAGGAACAGUUUUGCCUGGCUCGCAUGAGCAUGCUGUUUGUCUGCUUGGCUGCGUCAAUGCUCAGUUACCUGCUCGUAGCUUGUGAUAGGUAUGUGUAUAUAAUGCAGUCGUUGAAAUACGUGAACAUCGUCACAAAGCAGAGAUCUUUAAUGUUUAUUGUUGUAGCCUGGAUGCUGGCCUGUGUGUACGGUACUGUGCCAGCCUAUACAAGUCACUUCACUCCGAAAGAAGGCUGCUCACCCACUCAUGUAUUCUCAGAUACCUACAUGAUUAUUGUCCACCCCACAUUCUUCCUGACUCUCAGUGCUGGCACGUGCUGGCUGUACUUCAGGAUAGUCGCUGUAGCAAUACAGCAACAGAAGAGGAUUCGAGAGCAGGAGUUUGGGGUCAACCAGGAUCUGGGUGGGGUCAGGCUCAGCCAGAGAACGUGGAAAGUGGUCAAGAUUUUAAUGCUGGUCUUUGGGUUGUUCUUUCUAUGUUGGUUGCCGUUGUUAGUUCUUGCCUUCGUGGAGUACACAGUUCACGUGGAUCAUCUGGCCCUGGACAUCGCUAGUCUGAUAGCUGUGAUGAACUCUGGGGUCAACUUCCUGGUCCUUGCCGCCAUGAAGAAGGACUUCAGGGCAGAGUUCAGGGGCAUGAUGUGUACGUGUUGUGGUGAGGUGUGUUGUUGUUGUGGGAGUGUUAAAGUACAUCCUGCUGGGGUUUCAACUGUUGGCACCUCGCAGUGGGGGUCGUCUGCUGAAUGA